CAGCGACGGGGGAGAGCGGAGCUGCUCCGGCGGCUCCCGGCGAGGGGGACUCGCUCCCCACCGGGGAUCAGAUGAAGGCCAUCACCUCAGCGAGGACCCAGACAGAAGAAGCUACAAUUAAAAGAAUGGACAAAGAUGCAGAAGCAUUAAAGGCAGCCCGAGCAGAACUCUGUGAAGCGAGGCGGCAGUGGCACCACAUGCAGAUCGAGAUCGAAUCUCUGCACGCUGUGGAAAGGGGUUUGGAACGUUCGCUGCGUGCCACAGAGCAGCAGUACCAUAUGCAACUACAAAACUUGGAAUCUGAGGUUGAAUGCUUGGAGAAAGAGCUACUGGAAAUGAGAAGAGGUAUUGAGAAACAGCUUCAGGCACAUGAAAUUCUCCUGAACACCAGGAUGAAACUGGAGGAAGAAAUAGCAACAUAUCGCAGCCUGCUGGAGCAAGAAGAGAACAGGUUUCGCUGCUGUACAGCUGAGCAGAAGGAUGACAAAAAGCCCACCACCAGCAAGAUUGCCUUUACACUGCCUUCAAGUGGUGUAAAGGAGCAUGAAACUGAGAAGCUGGAAGUGCUGACAAAACAAGCAAUCCUAGAUGGAAACAUUACAAAGGGAAGCGCUGAAGCUCAUGGCACUGUACAGACAGAAAAAGUGGAUGAAGUCAUUAAAGAAUGGGAAGGUUCUUUCUUUAAGGACAACCCUCGUUUAAGGAAAAAGUCUGUUUCAUUGCGCUUUGAUCUCCACCUGGCAGCAACAGAUGAAGGAUGUUUACACACUAAAAAGAAAACUCUUCCUGACAUCGAAGUCAGGCUGGUAAUGAGGAGAUCUUGCAGUAUUCCUUCCAUCAAACCUUAACUGAUAGCAGAUUAACCCAAAGUUCAUUUCCAACAGGCUCUGGAAAUAUAGAUGGACUUACACAGCCUGUAUCCUGCUACAACCACAAAUCUUACUAAGUACUUUGAUUAAUACAAUAAAACCAUACAAGUCUUUUAAAAGAAAGGGAGAAGAGCUAGGGAGUUAAGAUUCCAAGAAGCCUAACUUCUACUAGUUUUAUACUCUGGGUGCAGCAGUUCAGAGGAGGCCACGAGGAUGAUCAGCGGCAGGAGCACCUCCCAUACAAAGACAGGCUGACAAAGUUGGGGCUGUUCAGCCUAGAAAAGAGAAGCUGCGUGGAGACCUCAGAGCAGCUUCCAGUAUCUAAAGAAAGCCUACAAGGAUGCUGGAAAGGAACUUCAUCAGGAACUGUAGUGACAGGACAAGGAGUGAUGGGUUUAAACUUGAACAGGGGAAGUUCGGUUUAGAUCUAAGGAAGAAGUUCUCCCCUGUGAGGGUGGUGAGGUGCUGGCACAGGGUGCCCAGAGAAGCUGUGGCUGCCCCAUUCCUGGCAGUGUUCAAGGCCAGGCUGGACAGAGCCUUGAGAGAUAUGGUCUAGAGUGAGGCAUCCCUGCCCAUGGCAGGGAGCGGAACUUGAUCUUAAGGUCCUUUCCAACCCAAACCAUUCUAUGAUUCUGUGAUUAUUGUGGUUUUGUAGAAUUUCACCAAAUAUUGCAAAACUUAAACUGCAACUUUAUACUUCAAUAUAUUCUGCCUUUGUAAAAGAGAACUUGUUUUCUCUUUCUAGAAAUGAAAAAUACAUAUUUUAUUCUCUUAAUUAUUCAGUACUGACUACAUAGAAUGACUGAUGAAUCCUUGUAAUGAUUUAUAUCACAACUGUCAUACUUCUUGAAAUAUAUUUUAAAAUAACACUUUCUAACAGCAUAAAUGACAUAAAAAUAUGCUCUUAAAGGAAUUUUCUUUUAGAAGUGGCUGGUACUUUUAAAUUGAUUUUUAAGGCAACAGCUGAGCUAAAAUGUCUUUCAAUUACAUGACUAUACACAUAUUUUUAAGAGCAUUGUUACAAACCAACAACAUUUGAGCCAUAUUGCUCUACUGGUUUUGAAGCAGUAAUUUCCACUGAAAAUCAACCAGUCUCUUCUGUGUCCACACGUAUCUGUACAAUUUUCUUAGCCACACCAAGUCAAAUUCUCCUCUUUAAUUAUUCAAAUAUAAGGAGACAACCCAUUAUCUCAAUGCUAUUUAAUUUUGUUUCUUAUAACAAUGGAAUCUUCAACAGAUUCCUCUCCUGACAGAUAUUAUAUGUCAGUUUUGCUCUUGACCUAGUACAUGUAACAAGUCACUAUUAUGCCAGAGUACAACUAUUAUUCCUUCAAAUUAAAUGGACUAAAUAAGGGCUGCAUAUUCAAAGUAAAAUUCUACCAUACCCAGUAAGUAUCCUCCACUCCUACACAGAGCAGCAAAUACAAAGUACAGUAGAUGAUCUGGCAUCCGUACACAGAAAAAAAAACAGAAAUGCAAACUCAGACAUAUUUCUUUAUAAUGUUUUGAGCCAAAUUUCCAACAAAAAUUCAAAUAAAAUUGUAUUCAGAAUGAUUGUGUAUGUGGAUUUUGAAGAGGCAUGGAUGUCACCAACUCACCCAACUCACUGGGAUUGAAGGGGCUUAGAAUCUACAGAGACCACGUAAUGGAUUUGCUGGAUUCACAGCAGCAUGCGAGAGAUUAAUUAAAGUGACAGCAUUUGCCUUAUUAUUCACGGCAUGUGUUACACUGAUACUACAAAUUCCUUCAGUGAUAAUUUAUGCUUCUAUCUUUUGUUAAUGAUAAGAACAAUGUAUUUGUAUUUUCAACAGUUCUAGAUCUGCUGUAUGAAGCUGUUUAUCAUUAACCUUAAUACUGAUCUGGUGUUAUUAAUACUUGAGUAAUUGGCAUCCUGAAUGUAUUCGCCUGCUCUAGUAUUUUAACUAUGCAGCUUUUUUUUUUUGUGCUUAUACUCUGUACGUUUUACAGUACUUGAAUUUAAACUAAGUUUUAAUUGCUUUAAGGCACUUUAAAACAGGGAUACAAAUUUACCAAAGUAAAUUAUAGUCCUACAAUAAAAAAGUAUUAAAUUUGA